AUGGUUAUGUUCAGGACAGACAGGGAUCCACACCCAAGUCCGCUGAUCACCCUGGAAACCCAGGAUGGCUAUUUCUCCCACCGGCCGAAAGAGAAAGUGCGAACAGACAGCAACAAUGAGAACUCAGUCCCCAAAGAUUUUGAGAAUGUCGACAACAGCAACUUUGCACCCAGGACUCAAAAGCAGAAGCACCAGCCUGAGUUGGCAAAGAAGCCCCCCAGUAGACAGAAGGAGCUUUUGAAAAGGAAGCUGGAGCAGCAAGAGAAAGGGAAAGGGCAUUCGUUCCUGGGGAAAGGCACCAACGAGGUGCUGCCUCCCAGUGAGAGAGCCGCAGCCAACAGCAGCCACAGGAAAGAUGCCCCCAGACAGCCCCAUGCCAGGAAAAGUGGGGGCAGCUCCCCUGAGAGCAAGUAUGACCAACCCCUCAAGUGUGACAUCUCAGGCAAGGAGGCCAUCUCCGCCUUGUCCCGCUCGAAGUCCAAGCACUGCCGCCAGGAGAUUGGGGAGACCUACUGCCGUCACAAGCUGGGGCUGCUGAUGCCCGAGAAGGUGACUCGGUUCUGCCCCCUUGAAGGCAAAGCCAACAAAAACGUUCAGUGGGACGAGGACUCGGUGGAGUACAUGCCAGCCAACCCGGUCAGGAUCGCUUUCGUCCUGGUGGUCCACGGCCGUGCCUCUCGCCAGCUGCAGCGCAUGUUCAAGGCCAUCUACCACAAAGACCACUUCUACUACAUCCACGUGGACAAGCGCUCUAAUUACUUGCAUCGGCAAGUGCUCCAGUUCGCCAGGCAGUACGAUAACGUCCGCAUCACCCCCUGGAGGAUGGCCACCAUCUGGGGAGGAGCCAGCCUCCUGUCCACCUACCUCCAGAGCAUGCGGGACCUCCUGGAGAUGACAGACUGGCCCUGGGACUUCUUCAUCAACCUCAGCGCAGCAGACUACCCCAUCAGGUUUAUCCGGAAACAAGGCCUGGACCGGCUCUUCCUGGAGUGUGAUGCCCACAUGUGGCGCCUGGGAGAUCGGCGGAUUCCAGAGGGCAUUGCCGUGGAUGGCGGUUCGGAUUGGUUCUUGCUGAACCGGAAGUUUGUGGAAUAUGUGACCUUCUCUACAGACGAUCUGGUGACCAAGAUGAAACAAUUCUACUCCUUCACCCUGCUUCCUGCUGAGUCCUUCUUUCACACGGUCCUGGAGAAUAGCCCCCACUGUGACACCAUGGUAGACAACAACCUGCGUAUCACCAACUGGAACCGCAAGCUGGGCUGUAAGUGCCAGUACAAGCACAUCGUGGAUUGGUGUGGAUGCUCCCCCAACGACUUCAAGCCGCAGGACUUCCAUCGCUUCCAGCAGACAGCCCGGCCCACCUUCUUUGCCCGCAAGUUCGAAGCCGUGGUGAAUCAGGAAAUCAUCGGGCAGCUGGACUAUUACCUGUACGGGAACUACCCUGCAGGCACCCCUGGCCUCCGCUCCUACUGGGAGAAUGUGUACGACGAGCCCGAUGGCAUCCACAGUCUGAGCGAUGUGACACUCACCCUGUACCACUCCUUCGCCCGCCUGGGCCUGCGCCGGGCCCAGAAAUCUCUGCACGCAGUCGGGGACAACAGCUGCCGGUACUACCCAAUGGGCCACCCAGCCUCAGUCCACCUCUACUUCCUUGCUGACCGCUUCCAGGGCUUUCUUAUCAAGCAUCAUGCUACCAAUCUGGCCAUGAGCAAACUCGAGACCCUGGAGACAUGGGUGAUGCCAAAGAAAGUCUUCAAGAUCGCGAGCCCACCCAGCGACUUUGGGAGGCUUCAGUUUUCUGAGGUCGGCACUGACUGGGAUGCCAAGGAGCGGCUGUUUCGCAACUUUGGGGGUCUCCUGGGGCCCAUGGAUGAGCCAGUGGGUAUGCAGAAAUGGGGGAAGGGGCCCAAUGUGACCGUGACCGUCAUUUGGGUAGAUCCUGUCAACAUCAUUGCAGCCACCUACGACAUCCUCAUUGAGUCCACUGCUGAAUUCACUCACUACAAGCCCCCUUUGAACUUGCCCCUGAGGCCUGGGGUCUGGACAGUGAAAAUUCUUCACCACUGGGUGUCAGUUGCAGAGACCAAAUUCCUUGUCACACCUCUGACCUUCUCCAACAGGCAGCCCAUCAAACCAGAGGAGGCACUGAAGAUGCAUAACGGGCCCCUCCGCAGCGCCUACAUGGAGCAGAGCUUCCAGAGCCUGAACCCCGUCCUCAGCCUCCCCAUCAGCCCCGCCCAAGUGGAGCAGGCUCGGAGGAACGCCGCCUCCACGGGCACAGCGCUGGAGGGCUGGCUGGACUCGCUGGUGGGUGGGAUGUGGACCGCCAUGGACAUCUGUGCCACGGGCCCCACUGCCUGCCCGGUCAUGCAGACCUGCAGCCAGACGGCCUGGAGCUCCUUCAGCCCCGACCCCAAGUCGGAGCUGGGGGCGGUCAAACCUGAUGGUCGGCUCAGGUAG